UUUUCAGCUUUUAUAAAAUAUCAAAUUGUUGCUUGGAAAAAAAGUUAUUUAGAAAAUAGUUAAGAUAUUUGUUAUAGAAUGACGCUAAAGAGCCAAAAAAUUAAAUUUGUUAAAAAGUUGAAAUUUUUGUUGUUUUUCUUUAAAAAUAUAAGUUUUUUGCGGUUUAGCGAAAUUCUUAGUAAUCAAAGUACAUAUGUGUUAAUUUCCGUAAAUGCCAGAGACGGUCUAAGCCAAAUAUUUUGAUUAACAAAAAUUACGUUGUUUAGGAUUUUUUUUAAGUGUAUUUAUUGUAUUUGUAGAUUCUGUAGGAUAUUUCUGAAUGCACAAAUUGACCCUUAUAAUUCAGACCUCGUAUAACUUGAGAGUACCCAAGUGUAUUAUCUCAAGUAACACUGAUAAAUUUCAAGUGAUUUAUCUAUUUAUCUAUUGUAAAUUGAGUACAAUGGUUUUGUCAUUUGCCUUUAAAACAUGGAUCCCUAUAGAAGAAACGAAAAGGAACAGAAUCCUAGAACAAAAUGUUCGAUAUUAUCCUUGAUCACGUUCUUUUACACUUUCCGUCUAUUCAAAAAGGGUAGAAAAAAGGCCCUCGAAGAUGAGGAUAUUUACGAAAUACCCUCCUGGCUGUCAUCGGAAAAACUGGGAAAUGAACUUGAAGAUACGUGGACCACGCAAAAAAAGAAAAACGAAAAUCCCUCCCUCACUAGAGCGUUGAUAAUGUCAUUCGGGAAAGGAAUCCUGUUUUUGGGAAUAAUCCAAUUUGUUGUCAAAACAGUAUUAAUAUUUGUCCAGCCCAUGGUUUUCGCCACGGUAGUGGCCUAUUUUCAGCCCAACCAAAAAGUGGUAACGGACAGUGAUCUUUAUAUGUAUGCCUGUAUUCUAAUUGGAUUGAACAUAUUUAAUUCAAUUUAUGACCACAAUUAUCAACAAUUUCUAACUGAGUAUUGUAUUAGAGCAAGAACGGCAGUAGCAGCUCUAAUUUACAGGAAAGCUCUGAAACUGGGACCUUUAUCAAACGUCACCAUGGGAAAAAUAGUGACCCUUAUCACUAAAGACGUUUUUCUUUUCGACGCUGCUUUGAUUUAUGUGAACGACAUGUGGAUUGGUAUCAUACAUAUUAUAGUUAUAACCGUCAUUAUUUAUCAAAGAAUAGGACUUUCAGUUUUCGGAGGAAUGGGAUUUUAUUUGAUCAUUAUUCCUAUGCAACUUUUUGUCGGCAGACAAAUUAGCGUUAAAAGAAUGCAAGCUGCUAAAAAAACAGACGAAAGAAUUCAGUUGACAACUGAAACAUUAAAAAACAUCAAAACCAUCAAAAUGUUUAGUUGGGAAAAUUUCUUUGGCGACAAAUUAAAAGAACUUAGACAAUCAGAAAUUAAUUAUCUAUCUCCUGUAUACUAUUUGAAAGUAGUGAUUCUCGUCGUAGCAUCUACAGCAACAAGUUUGACUUUCUUCCUGAUGAUAUUAACCUAUAUCUUGACCGGCCAUUACACAGACGCCGAAACCAUAUAUUAUAUCCAAGAAAGCUACCGAAACCUAAGAAUGUACAUUCUGAUAACUAUACCAGUCGGAAUAGCCCAAUAUUCAGAUCUACGCGCUUCCUUAAAGAGAAUAACAGAAUUUCUAAUGGCUGAAGAAGUAGUGCAAACAAUCAACAAUGCAAAAUCUCCAAAAGUAUUCAUGAAACAUGUUGCCAGCAAAAUUAAAGAAACAGAAGUACUGAAAGACGUAUCAUUCAAUCUAGAAAAAGGAGUUCUUUUAGUCACCGGUAAUGUAGGUAGUGGUAAAAGCUCGAUAAUCAAAACUUUGCUAGGAGAAUAUCCUGUUACUGACGGUCAAAUGUUGAUAGACGGCACCGUUUCCUACGCAUCAGAAGAACCAUGGUUGUUUCCCAGUACCAUCAAACAAAACAUUCUUUUCGGUCAGGAAUACGACGAGAAACGGUACAAUGAAGUUCUGAAUGUUUGCGCUCUAACUGUAGAUCUGAGACGAUUGGAGAAAGGCGACCAAACUAUUGUUGGUGAUGGUGGUGUCAAUUUUAGUAAAGGACAACAAGCUAGGAUCAAUUUAGCAAGAGCUGUGUAUAGAAACAGCGAUAUUUACUUACUGGAUGAUUGUUUAUCGUCUUUAGAUAGCAAAGUCAAUGGAUAUAUUUUCAAGAAGUGUAUUAUGGGAUUUUUAAAAGAUAAAAUAGUUAUAAUGGUAACAAACAACAUCAACCACGUCAAGCAGGUUUAUGGAAACAACAUCCUUUAUGUCGAAAGUGGAAGAACGCAGUCGUUAGAAAAGCAGAAGGAAGCUAUAGACAAAAGGAUAACCUACUACAUCGAUGACACUGACAUGAAUUACUUCAACGAAGAUAACGAUAUAAACGAGAAUGAUAUACCAGACAUAGUUGACGAAAAAACACAAUUGUUGAUCCAAAACCAACAAAAAAUCGAGGAGAAGAGUUUAUAUUACGAGGAGAAAGAAGCAGGAAAAGUUAAGAUUGGAGUAUAUUUAAGAUAUUACAAGCAUGCAGGAGGAAUUUCUAUGUUAGUCAUUUUGACUAUUCUUUUUAUAUUAACGCAAGGGGCUUCAUCAUUCGCGGAAAAAGCAUUAAGUUGGUGGGUGAAUAACGAACCAAUAGUGACAGAAUUAAUCAAGACUAAUCAAACGAACACAACAGAGUACGACAUAGCCGUCAAUAAGCGGCAAAAUUACUUAGGUAUUUAUUCGGGUAUGGUUGUUGGAGCUCUAUUUCUGAUCAUUCUUAAAAUUUAUUUGAAUUAUUAUUUCGCUCUGAGAGCAUCGAAAACACUUCACAAAAAAAUGAUGAGUUCUGUGUUGAGCGCUUUCAUGAGUUUUUUCGACAAACAUUUAUUGGGGAACAUUAUUAAUAGGUUUUCAAAGGAUAUGACGACGAUGGACGAAACAAUUCCAAUAAUUACAUAUGAAACAUUCAGGAAUACCUUAGCGAUGGCAGGAAUUAUUUAUUUGGUAGUCUCUGUAAACACUAUAUUCAUAGUACCAACCAUAUUUUUAAUGAUCAAACUAAUAAUGGUUCAAAGAUUUUACAUACCAACUGGUAGAGCAGUCAAAAGAUUAGAGGCUUCAACCAGAAGUCCUAUGAUAGGCUAUCUUAAUGCAACCCUAUCAGGACUAUCGGCCAUUCGUGCUUACGACAAGCAGGACCUGCUAAUAUCAGAAUUUGAUAGACACCAAGAUCAUUUUACGUCAGCUUCUUAUAUGGUGACUUGCACAGGAAGGUUCUUUGCUUUCAGUUUGGAUAUGAUUUCUACAAUGUUUUCGGCGGCUGUCAUAGCGAAAUUUAUAAUUUUUAAAGGUUCACAAGCUGGUGAUGUGGGUUUGGCCAUAUCCCAAGCAAUGGGCCUUACGGGAUUGGUGCAAUGGGUUAUUAGAUAUUAUUCGGAAUUGGAAAACAAUAUGACAGGAAUAGAGAGAGUGUUGGAAUAUACUGAUAUAGAGAAAGAAAUAAAAACUCAAGGUUCAUUUUACGAUAAUUGGCCAUUCGAGGGAAAAAUAGAAUACAGAAACGUUUCUUUAAUAUACGAAACUUCACAUCAAAAAGUUUUAAAAAAUAUUAGUUUCGUUAUUAAUUCUAAAGAAAAAGUAGGAAUCGUAGGAAGAACGGGAGCUGGAAAAUCUUCAAUCAUCUCUACGCUAUUCCGAUUAUACGAUAUUGAAGGAUCGAUAUUGAUAGAUGAGAUUGAUUCUAAGGUUCUUUCUUUGGAGUGUUUGAGGACCAAAAUGGCUAUAAUUCCUCAGGAUCCCAUUUUAUUUUCAGGUAGCAUAAGGUCGAAUUUAGAUCCAAAAGGUAAUCAUGCAGAUUCAGAAUUAUGGACUGCAAUAACCAAAGUAAAUUUGAAAACGCUCUUUAUGAAUUUAGACGAACAAAUUACUGAUAACGGAAGCAAUUAUAGUUCUGGUCAGCGCCAACUCAUUUCUUUAGCCAGAGCAAUGGUCAGCAAAAAUAAGAUAAUCGUAUUAGAUGAAGCAACAGCAAAUAUGGACCCAGAAACCUGCCGGCUUUUACAAAGGACAAUACGAGAAAAUUUUUCGGAUUGUACAGUACUGACUAUUGCUCAUAGGCUUAACACAGUUCUGGAUUGCGACAGGGUGAUGGUCGUGGAUAAUGGUGAAAUUAUGGAAUUUGACACACCAGAAGCAUUAAAAGCAAAGGAAGGCGGUAUUUUCUACAGCAUGAUCAAACAUGCAGAACUUGAUGGAUAAAUAUUUUAAUAUACAAAACACAUUAUCACAAUACGAUAAAUUUCAUUUCAAAGAUAUUAUUCCUGGUGUCUCGAUAAGAUUAGACACAUCUUUGAUCUCGCCGAAAUUUUUAAACUCGGAAAUAAUUGUACUUUACCAUAAUACUUGGUUGGAUAACUUUGAAUAUUAAUAAAAAAAUAUGUUCUGCUAAACAUGAAUAUAUUCGAAAUAUUUUUUUCUAAAAUGAAUGAGUCAGUAAUAAUUAUAUAAAGGUAUAAAUGUUUUAAUUUUGUAAAUAGUGAUUAUUUAAUAAAUAAAUCGGUAUUUAUUUUAGAUUUUUAUUUUAAUUAAUGUAAAUAAACUUUUACAGAACAUUGCAGAAAAACAUACUUUAACAGGUAACCCAUUGACAUAGGUAU